UGAUUUCAUGGAUAACUUCCAGUUCAAGGAAGAGUUUAACCAUGAAAGACAGCGACAGGAAGAGCUAGAUCGCCUGCAUUUGGCUGGAAAUGCUACGAGCUGACAGGGAGGAGCAAGAGCAGCAAGACAGAAUGGUUGCCCUUAGACUGCAAGAAUCGAUAACCCAAGAAGAAAUGACGAUAAGGCGUGGCCAACAUGGUCGAAACAUAGGAUUGAGAGGUUUUUCUCAUCACAUCACGGGUCACAGAUCUCGAGGAAUGGGCAGAAGUGAGCUGGCCAUGUCUCUUCAUGGAGAGGAGGAUCAAAGAGGUGGAGGCUGGGACGAACGUGUUGAGGCUUUGCCUAGCAUGUCCUUUUACUGGCCCAACGACCUGCAGGUUUUCUGCAGGACGAUCAUCAAAUACAACAUGAAUGUAGUAGACCUCUCCAGGACAUACAGCAGCAAAUGGCCGCCAGUCAACAGGAGUUCCAGCCUUUUCACCAAUUUCCGAUCCAAGACCUUGAUGAGGAAGACCUCGAGUUCGAGGACCACCACAGGAGACUGUCGCAGAUGGGCACACGCGAGGACUUUGACAGGAUUCUUUCAAUGUUGAACGAACCUGGCUUGAGCAAUGUCGGAAACAGUUAUGAGGCUCUUUUAGAACUAGGAGAAAAUUUGGGAACUGUCACUAGUGGCCUAAGCACGGAGGAGUGCUCCACACUGCCGACCGCGAGAUAUACCCAGAGAGACAAAAACACGGCGGAGCGCAGCGUGUGUCUGGAGAAAUACAAGACUGGAGAUGCACAGAAAACAUUGCCCUGUAUCCAUAUAUUCCAUAAAUCUUGUAUUGACGAGUGGUUGAAAAUCGUCAGUGUCUACGGGUGGGAUAUUGGUAUUAAGUAGGAUAACUUUCACAAAAUGUAAGCAACAAGACCAGCCCACUAAGCCAUAUAAACUUGUUCUGCUCAUAAAAGCAUACCAGAGAAAGCCACUGUCUACGAAUGGGGCUGACCAUUGGACGUUUUUGGGAAUAUUGGGGAUAUUACUUCGAAGAGGAUAAUGUGCCUCGCCCGAACAACAGUGAACAAGAUGAACAAAUUGCUAGAUUA